CCAAUUCUCGAACGUUCCUUCUCCGCGAAGCCACCCCCCCACCACGGCUACGAAGUCCCAACCUCCCACCGCGUUGUCUCUCUCCCUCGUCCUCGAUCACCCCCAAACCCUAGAAUUCUCAUCGUCGUCGUCGUCCUCCCAUGGCGCCUCCUCCGUCCCCGCCGAUCCCGGCGAGCCCCGGCGCCCAGUUCGCGCAGCAGUUCCUCUCCACAGCGCUCUCCCAGCGUGGCCCCUCCGCGCUCCCCUACGCCGAGGACGUGAAGUGGCUCAUCCGCAACCACCUCGUCGCCCUCGCCGACGCGUUCCCCUCCCUCCACCCCAAAUCCGCGCUCUUCACCCACAACGAUGGCCGCGCCGCCACCCUCCUCCAGGCCGAGGGCACCGUCCCCAUCGUCUACUCCGGCGUCGUCUACAACAUCCCCGCCGUGAUCUGGUUGCCCGAACCCUACCCCCGCUCGCCCCCCCUCGUCUUCCUCUCCCCCACCCGCGACAUGGUCAUCAAGCCCCACCACCCCCACGUCGACCGAUCCGGGCUCGUCCAUGUCCCCUACCUCCGUUCCUGGGUGUUCCCCUCCUCCAACCUCGUCGACCUCGUUCGAUCCCUCUCCCACCUCUUCGGCCUCGAUCCGCCGUUGUACACCCGCCAAUCGCCUUCCUCGCACUCGAAUCCUAGCCCUAGCCCUAACCCUAACCCUAACCCUAACCCUAACGCGUCGCCCUCCCCGUCGGCUUCGUCGAGGAUCUACCCGUCGUCUUCGCCGUAUGGAAGCGGAGGUCGGUUUCCGCACUCGCCCGCUCCCUCGCGGCCGCCGGCGGAGGACCCCGCCGAGGUAUUCCGCCGGAACGCGAUCAGCAAGAUCGUCGACAGGGCGCACGCCGACAUGGCGGGGAUGCGGCGGACGCGGGAGGCGGAGAUGGAGGGGCUGUUCAGCACCCAGGCGGAGCUGCGGCGGCGCGCGGGGGAGCUGUCGAGGGGGCUUGGGGAGAUGGGGGAGGAGAAGGAGGGGCUGGAGCAGCAGCUGCAGCUGGUGCUGAUGAACACGGAUGUGAUGGAGGGGUGGGUGAGGGAUAACGAAGUCGGGAGGAGGAGGAGAAGGGAUGUGGAUGUGGACGAUGCUUUCGAGCUGGCUGAUGCGCUGUCGAGGCAGAUGCUGGACUGCACGGCCGCCGAUCUUGCGGCGGAGGACACAAUCUAUGCCUUGGAUAAGGCGGUGCAGGAGGGGUCAAUUCCGUUCGAAGGGUAUAUCAAGAGCGUUAGGGCGUUGGCGAGGGAGCAGUUCUUUCAUCGGGCUUUGGCCGCUAGGGUUCGGGCCGCGCAGGUGCAGGCGCAGGUCACGAGCAUGGCUUCGCGGGUGCCACAGUAUGCUUCUUAGAGGAGGAGGAGGAGGAGUUUGGCGAGGUGCUAGUGAAGAUGAUUAUUCUUCAGUUUUGUGGCUGAUUUAACCACUUUAAAUAAGCAUGAUCAAUAAAAUUAAUAAAUUGAUCUGUAUAAACAAAUUUUAAUGAGUUGUGGGAUUAUCGCAUACAUAAUUUUUACAAUAUUUAUCGUUAAGUUGCAAAGGGCAAUCAACAGAAGCAACCUCAGGAUGUUAAAUUGUUACAGUCUAAACCAUGUGUGAUGGACUGAAUUGGCUAUUCAACAAGUGGGGCAUUUGAA